UUACAUUCUACCCUCGGUGAUACGUUGCGACGCGGUCUGCGAAGAUUUAUACCGCGACCGAUCUCACAGAUUGGCCCUUAUCCACGAUAAAUACUCCCCAGCAAGAGCAGAAUACAGAGAAUAUCACUACUGCCAUCAUGCAUUUCUCAUUUUCGCCUUCCCCAUCCCGGAGCAGCUACGCUACGUCCCCGAUGGACAUCCCGUCGACCUCCAGCUCGUGGCCGCAGUCCCCCUCCUGUGCGUACCCCUCAUGGCCACGAAGAGCCUCGCUCUCCUCGACCUCCAGCGACGAGGACCAGAGCGAGAUGGCCUCUUCAUUUAUCUCGGACGACGACCUGGAGGAUCUCUUCCCCGCCGUCUUUGACGAUGCCGAACAGGACUGCACGCCUGUCGUGACGCCACUUGGCCCUCGCUCUCUUGAUGCGUCACCCACCCUGCGCCAAGCGCAGGUGGUGGUCGAUACCGGCGCGCUGAUGCGGGAGUUGAUCGCGCAGGAAAAGGCAAAGAAGGAGAGAAAACGCCGGAGUAGGAGUGGCAGUUCCAGUUCGAAGAAGUCGCGCAGCGGGUCUAGCAAUAAGCACAUGAGCCCGAUCUUGGAGGUUGUGGAAUGAGGCGUUGUGCCGUGGUGGAGUGCGUUGGGUUCCUAUGUUUGGUAAGUCUGGUGUUCACAUGUGGAUAUUGACAUCUGCCAUGAUACUGAUUCGUGAUACCAGAUACCAGAUACCAGAUUCUUUUUGCAAAGAUUAAGGAGGAAUGAGUGCCUUUUCGCAUAAUGAGUUUCAGGGUUAUUUCAGGGUUAUUGUUGAGGAAGCC